GUGUACGUGUGGACUCGAAACCAGCGAUAGCCUACCCAAGAGUCGGAGCCAUUCUCUUCUCCUCAUACGGCUUCUUCUUUCAACGCACUCGAGACUGCCAUUGUACGACGAAGUUGUUGUUCCGUUCUGAAAAUCACAAGUGUAAGCCUUUGAUUCGAGUAUACGUGUUCGCGUUGGGGUCAUACUUGACUGAAAUCCCCGUUUAUACGGAUUUGAUAGAUCGCAGGUUAUAGUCAACGAUCGAUUUAACUUUGUUGUCGAAAGUUCGUCUUGAAAAGAACGAAAAAAACGAGGAGGGGGAAGGGGGAGGGAAACUCAAGGUCGUUUGGUUGGAUAUCAUGUCGUCGCCGUCUCUGACUGCCACGGGAGGCGCUUCGGUCGCAGCCUCUGCACCGUCGGUCGCGGCCUAUCCCAGUCCUCACCUGAAGCAAGUUCUUCGUUCAUACCAAUCGGCCGCCUCUAGCUCGCUAUCGGGACCUAAUGGAAUCCUAACCGGGCCGGAACAUACCGAUGCCAGUUCAAGUCUGGUUUAUUACGCAUACCCCAGUCUACCUCUGCCUGUAGUGGGUACAUCGGCCAAAUCGUCCUUGGCCGAUGUCUCGUGCAGUGGACCCAAAAUUCGCAUCAAGAGCGAGCCCAUUGACGAGAAGUUAUCAGCCGUCGAGACGUCUAUCGGCUGGCCAGCACGCGGCUCACAGAUAGAGUACGACGAGUUCAAAGUGCUGAAACUCAAACGGCCGGUCUACUACGCCACCACCACCGCCAAGGACAAGGAUGCCGUUGAUUUGUCCUCGGGCCGCGAUCCAGUCGCUGCCGCUGCCUCAGUCCAAACCGCAACCAAACCGCUGUUAUCGUCGUCACCGCCACAGCAGCAGCAACCAACCACAACAGCAGCAACACUACCACAGCCAGCACCGCAGCAGCUACUGCCAUCGUUCCCUAUUUUGAGCGCAGCGGAUCGGGGCUGGAGUCACGCUGAACGAAAUGAGACGCAGCUGGAGGGCCAGCCGAUUGCUUGUUUCACCGUCGGCGGCGAGCCGCGCCUCUGCCUGCCCCAGAUCCUCAACUCGGUCCUUCGACAGUUUUUCGUCAUGCAAAUCCACGCCGUCUGCGACGAGUUGCAGAUCAAUUGCUCUCGCUGCACGGCCGAGCAGCUGGACAGCCUCAAGGCAUCGCCGGCCAUUCUGCCCCGUUCGGCCGCCAGCUGCGGGCUCAUUACCAAAACCGACGCCCAGAGGCUGUGCAGCGCCCUGCUGCGUCGCGGCAUAAAUGAAACAGGCGCUGGAACCGCUCUCGAACCGCAACGGCAACAACAACAGUCAGCGUCACAUCCUUCGAGGCCUUGUGACGUAUCUGCCAAGGAUACUAUGGUCAAAACAGAGCCGGAAACCCGUGCGGAAGAAGAUGGUGGUAAUUCCCGGUGUAGUACUACAAGCAGUAGUAGUAGCAACAACAACAAAGGCCGCAGCCGCUGGUUUCGCGUCUACCACCAAUGUUUCGGCAAGUGCGAGGGCCUGUGCAAGCCGGAACUGUACACGUCACCGGACGCGGCGUGCAUCGAGUGCGCCGACUGCAGCCUGACUCUUAGUCCGGCCGAUUUUAUCAGUCACGCCCAUCGUUCGGUCGAAAACCGAACGUGCCAUUGGGGAUUCGAUUCGGCCCACUGGCGGGCCUACCUCCUUCUAGCCCGUCGUCAACAACAGCCGCAACCGUCCAACGACGUCCUCCUCCGUCAGCUGGACGAGUUCAAGAAUCGAUUCCUUUCUUCAUCGACUCCAACAAAGACCGUUAAGAGGAAACUUCAGACGGCGGAGGAGCCCAUCAAAAUGAGUAAAGUCUAUCUGGCGGCAACAACGACAGCGGCAGACAUAAUAGUCGAGAACCAGCACCAUCCGACCAAGAGGUACAAAGAGCAUGGCGGUCGCCAAUCGCCGUCAGCCGCCACGCCCUACGAUCCGGCCGGGUACCAUCACCACCACCAACUGUAUAACGCAGUUGUGUACAACAACGGUAGCGGUACUGGUGGCAGUAGUGCCAAUGGAUUGCGCGAGUCUCCUCCUCCUCUGCAGGAAACGUCGUCGCGAAUCCCGCACGACAAGUCCGGUCAGCCGAAUGUGGCUUUGCUGGCCCCGCCUCGUCCGCAUCUCCUACACCCAGCGCCGCCACCGACGUCGCUGCCACCUCACGCCUACGCGCCGGAUCCUUCGCCGCCGGUCGGCAACCCCGAGAUCGAGCUGAGCAGCACCGACACAGAAGACUCUGAAUCGAUCCCGUCUCACAACGGAGAUGAGAAGCAUGUUUGGGAUCUGCCGGCGAAUCUGGCUCAAGAAGUCAGUUCAGUUGAAGAGCUUCUUUCACGGGGAGGGUGUGAUUCGGCCAACAGCCGGUUAGUACUUCAGGCAUUUCGCCGUAUGUGCUUCCGUCUGAACUGGGCCCAAGAACAGAAGCAGCAAUAUCCAACCAAUGGUGUCCUCAAGUUGAGGACGGACUUGACCGAGUGCGAUGGAAGCAGCACCAAGUACAAAUCUACUUAGGUUUUUUUUUGUGUGUCGAUUUUUUCUUUUUUCAAAUUCAACGUGUGUGUGUUUGAGCGAGAGAAAAGAAAAACAAUUCUCCCACGCCGAUGUUCGAGCGGGUCGAGUGGUUGGGGGGGAACGAGGGAAAGAGAAUGGAAUGCCAUCAAGAUGAGCUGUGCGGAAGCCCCACAUAAAACCGUGCCAAUCUCUUUAAGAAAAAAAAGAGGAGACAAGGACUAUGUACAAUAUCAUAAAACACAGACAAGUCCCCUCUUCUCCUUCUCCCCCUCCUUUUCGUACACACACACACAUUCGGGUCGUGAUUGUGUUUAAGCGCGCGUGAGCGUUCUCUUGGGGUUAGUGAUCCCGGCCUGUAAAUCUCUUCCUUAUCGUAAGUCUUCUUUCUCUCUUUUCGCCAUCUCUCUUUUUCUCUUGUUAUUUUGAUUUAAAGAAAAAAAAAAUACGAAAGAAGAAACGGGCGAAGAAAAGACACUUGACGAAAUUGUCUGAUGACAGUAAUUUACCGUGAAUGGGUAGUGAUUCUUCUACGUAGAUAUAUCUUAACUCUUUACCUAUAUCCUAAAAAUCUUUGCAAUUUAUAUAUUAUAUAUAUAUAUGAUAUUCACUGUAUAUAUAUAUAUAUAAAGAAUUUAGGGUAGCUAUUGUAUGAAAAGAAAGGAAGGAUGAUGAUGCUCUAUUUUCCCCUUUUCUUGAGGAGAAAAAAAAUGGAGGGUGAUAAGUGUGUGUGUGUGUCAGCUCAAUUCGGCUACGACCUGAUUGUAAUUUAUAAUAAUCAUUGUGAUGGGAUUGAGCCGGGCCAAUGUUGGCUCCACCUCCUCCACAAUUAUGGUGUUCGCAAACAUCGUCAACAUCCGACCGGAUUUUGAAAACAAAAAAAAAAAAAAGAUAAAAAAAAAAGUUCAAAGAAGUAUAUUUUUCCUUUUUAAUUCCUCCCUCCCCACAGAAGAUUGCCUCCUAUUCCCCCAUACAUUUUUGUACUACCAUCUUACAUAACGUAGUUUACUUAACCUAGUUUAAAAUGUUCAGCCGCGGACACGUUAACCACCUCCCUGCCCCCUCUCCCGACGUUGUGUGCCCAUUGAACAACAACAUGAGAAAAAAAAAGUAGCGUGCACUAAAUGUUUGUGUCAAGUCUGUUUCACUGCCAAGGGAUCGACUGCCACAUCUGGGCGCGUUUUAUUUCGGCACCGCAACUGAUAAUGGUCCGAUGUGUCUAGAUAUCUAAACAGAUAUAUAUUUACUUGUUUGUUUUGUUUUUCUUUUUUUUUUUUUAAAUUCUGAUAUGAUAAUCGUUAAAAAGAAUAAAAAAGGGGGAAAUUAAUGGGAAUGGGGCGUUUGGGUGAAAGCUUUUUUCGAUGAAAAGAGUAGGAGAGAAAAGGAAAAAAGUACAAAAUUAUUACUAUGUCGGAUGUGUUCACUGGCAACUCAGUUGAAAUGAAAAAUCAUCGAUUCUUUUUAUUGUUGUUAAAAAAAUUUCCCUCCCUUUUUACGAAUGAAAAAGAAGUCGGAAGAAAUUGGAAGCGGCAUCCAACAGCCCAGAGAUAGUUUCGUGCGCUUACAUCUUCUCUCGCGCGCGCGCUUCUACCGGUGUUAUGUAAAAUUGUAACAUAAAAGUUUUCGUUUGUUUAAGCUAAUCCCCCCUUUUCCCCCCGAUUUUUUAUUUUUAUUAUUGACAUACUUGACAAUUAAAAAAGAA